AUGACAAAGUUCAGCGAUGCUUUCUUGCAACUUGAAUGUGUGAGGUGCAUCAAAGCUGUGUUGAAUAAUAUAACAGGACUGGAAUUUAUGACUUCGGAUACCUCGUUAGCAAAACAACUUCUAAAUGGUGAGUAAAUACAUUUAUUUUUUUGCCAAUUAAUCACAGUUAGGUGCACUUAAAGUUCAGAAAAAAAGCGAGCACUUGGAUUGAAAUACAUCGAUAGAUUGCGAAGACUUCAGCAAAUUUUGGGCGCGAUGAAGCAAUUCGUAACUUUGCAUUCUUUGUAUAAACUACCACUUGCUCCAAUAUUUUCCUGUUAUUUUCGUCAUCUCAAAAGUUGAAAAUUUAUUUUCAUUUAGGUGAUGGGAUUUCUUUGUGAAAAAGAUACUUCCGUCAGACUGAAAUUAUCGCUAUCUCAACCCUUUCACUCCCAAGAUCUCAUUAGUAAUUCUCCCCACUGUCUCCCAUAUAAUUCUUAUUAUGUUAGUAUAGAAAAUUUGGUAUUGGAUCAACUAAUAAUCUCCUAAUUUAUGUUUUUCUUUAUUCUCAUCACUCGUCUUUCUGAUAUUGUAUUGAUAUUGCAAGGGGAAUAUCUGUCUUGGUCACUCAUGGGAAGUAGAAGUUUAGUAGUUCAGUUUCAUUGCUUCUGGGUAAGUUGGAAAUGUGUCAGAUGAUCGCUGACAGAGAUAUUUCGUACAUGUUUCAGUUUUGACCUUUGUCCUAACCCAUCCUUGCGUUAAACACUCGUCCAGAUAGCUACAAAAUAAGUGAAUUUUCUCUGCAGAAUAAUCGUCUCUCUUAUGGUUGCGAUUUGCAGAAAGUGAUCUUGUUGUUUUCAUUAACACUUUUAAAAAUCAGAAGAUAAUCAUGAUAAAGUAGAGGAUUGUUCCUACAAGCCAAGCUUGGCAUAAGCAUUUUCAGAAAACAACUUUAAGCUUAUGAACGGUUCAUGUACAGCCAUAUCAGCUGAUUAUACUGCAAAAUUUUCAACUAUUAACAUUUUGAACGAUUUCAUAUAAUGAUAAAACUUGAAGAAUAGAUUGAUUUACCCUCCACAGAUGCGUUGCUAAUUCCCUCGUAAGCAUAACGCAAUACAGAAAAGUACAUUGUGCACAUUUAAGUUAAAAUUCCAUAAAUUAACAUUUGAGGGUGUUUACGAUUGCAUCUUCAGGACUGGCAGUACACCAGACUAUAAGGCAGAUCACUUCUCAUAGCAGAUUUUUAUCGCCUUUUUCUAACCUUCAUGCAAACGCGUUACUCACAAUCGGCUACACUCAUGAAAUUGAACCGUAAUCGAACCCUUUCCCCCACUCUUUUGCAUCAUUAGAACUUUUGUUUAUACACACAGUUUCUGAUAUGGUCGAAAUGGAUUGUUACAUGUAUGGCUUAAUUGGAAGCCUCUGCAGCACGGAAUUUCAACUUCCUUCCAAAGAAUCCCAAUGGGAAAGUUCUGCUUCUCGACUGUUUUCUCACUAUCAGAAAUCAAUCUGCCAAUCAGCCCACAGCUUGACUGCCCUUUUGUAGAGGAUCUGAUGAUAAACUAAAUUCCUCACGUCCUCAGUGGAGAAUUUCCGCAAAAAGAAAUAUAAGAAAGAAAAUAACUUACCGCAAGAAGUCAAAAUAGUGGUCCUGAACUUGAGCCUGCAGAUCAGGGUUUCCAUGAAUUCUGUACUAACUUUGAAGGGAUUUUUUUCUUUAGGCGACAUUUUGUUUUGAUAAAACUAAAGAUUUGAAAACAACGGAAAUCGAUUUGUUCGCUUGUUUAAAAGUACUGGGGGUCCAAAUCGACAAACAGACCAAGUCAGGUAGGAAAAUGAUAAUGAUCGUCCGCGGAAGUGUUUUAUGACUGACAGGAUUGCAGAUGACAUACUUGAAAUCCAAAGGACACUUCAAAGUGAGAUCUCAUAAACAAGGCCAUGUUUGCGCACGUAUCAUCCGAGCUAACAUACUGCUUCGCUGAAUAUAUUACAGUUUCUGAAGUUAGCCAUUUUUCCGUAAUAGUUAAACAGUGUUUUCGUGGUUUAUCUAAUCAGAACAGAGCUCAUUCCAAUUGAUUUAAUUUGAGGUCGCCUCGCCCUGAGUUUUGCGUGGAAAACACUCGUCAAGAUUUAAAGAUUUAAAAGCUGACAAAUGUAACAUUAUCGAGUGCUUUGAAAUAUUCUGAUGACGUCGAACACUUCGGUGUUUACGCAAGAGAGGUCACUGCCUCUGUGGUAUAUGGUAGUUCCUUUCUUAGUUCUAAAGGAAAUAAUAGCAAUUAAGAAUUGAAGGGGCGUAACAAGGUAAACAUGCAUAGAAUAAAUUUAAAAUAGGUUAUUAGCGAGCAAUGAUAAGUCCAAGUGGUCAUCAAUGUAUAACCCGCGCGGAUAACACGCGAAGUACAAGAAUAGCAAAAAAUUUUGGCAAUACACCAACCGUUUAUUUGGAUUGUACUGAUUUAGAAAAUACACACACUUGCUGUUACUUUCUAAAUCAUCGAUCGUCAUGUCGAAGAAUUGGAAAAGACUUGCCAAAGCCGGUGGAGUGGAAAUCAAAGAUAACGCCGAUGGCCGCGGCGAAGAACUCAACAUCGAUCUUCAAAAAUUGAACGAGGUAGAACCCGAACUCUUUAUAAAAUUUCUGCGAAUUCCUACCCUCAAGACAUACGCAAGUUUGAUUCAAAAGCUUGAAAAGAGUUCCAAGAAGUGGAUGACGGACUUUUUGGAGCAAGGGGGACUGACUACGCUGUUUAGCGUUCUAGAAAAACUUUGCGAGCGAGGUCUAGCAAAGUUUUCGGACGCGUUUCUGCAGCUCGAAUGUGUCCGGUGCAUCAAGGCAGUCUUGAAUAAUGUGACGGGUUUGGAAUAUAUGACCACCGAUCCUUCACUUACGAAACAGCUUGUAACUGGUGGGUGAAUUUUAAUCAUUAUUUUGCGCAAUGGAAUUAUUUAUGUAGUUGUUAUUCUUGUGUUGACGCUAGAGCGCAGAUGAACGAGGAAAAGCGCAUUUAAUCGACGAGAUAAGUGACUUUUGGGUUCUGAUAAUGUUAUCAAUUCUUACUUGCAAUAUAAAUCGAUUUGUUGGUUGUUAUCUUUUCAUAAUUUCCUUAGAGUAACAAUAAUUUUAAGCCGUGUUAUUAGACCGGCUUUCCGCGCUGAUUCACAGGUUGAUGCAAUUUACGCGCUAAAAUUCCGCCUUUAACCAGCACAUAAAGCAACUAAAACCCUACUCAUCGAAAUAUAAAAGAGACAGUGUAAAAUAAAGUUUUGUAUUUGAAUAUAUGCAACUAAAAUUAAUGAAGUGGAUAGGUUCUUUCCGCGUUUUUAAUCUCAACGACCUCGCAUUAAUUUUUUGAAAAACCUAAACUUCAUGGGGUCAUGUUUGUCUCGGUCAUUAAGUGAUUUUGGAAAAACAUUUUUUUGAAUUAUAUUAGUUAAAUCAGACAAUCACAAAGCCAGUUAAUUAGUAGCAGUGACUGAAGAAAAAAAAAUCAUAGCCUGUCUGACACGCUAGAGAGUUCGGUUUUCAUUCAAAUGGGUGAGGAAAACAACAAUAUCAUUUUCGUUCUUGGCGAUUUUCUGCAAAUCAAGGUCGUGAGCACGUCAAAAUACAGUAGAAGUAUACAACAGCUUAUUUCUUUGUGUUCGAUUUUGCACGUAACUUAGACGCUUAUCUGACCACAAAGACACAAAUGUUAAGCCCAUUAACGCUUCGUUAGUUCACUAAUUGAUCAACAAUACAACCCGGUCUACUUUCGACAGCCCUCCUUUUGCGUAUUUUAAAACAUUUCAAAGACGUGAGACUACGUAAGUAGAGUAACUUGAUUUAGCAUUGUUUUUAGGGAAGCAACUUAGCGAGCUCGCAUAUUGCAACAGGUUGUCCCGGGGUUAGGCCAGAGAAGCAAAUGGUUUACUAAAAUAAAUCCGUGUCAAUCAAAUCGCUUGAGGCAAGGUUGCUUUUUGAACUAAUUUGGAGCUCUUUCUUGUCAAAUAGAUGGUUUUUAUACAUUUAUUUUAGCUUCGCAGAGUUUGCGCGCUUUCGUAACCUGAAGUCAAUUCCGUACUCUGUGCGGAAGUACAUUACUAAGUACAAAAUUAAGGCAUCACUCGUCACGCGAUUUUCUUGAGUGAGUAAGAGUGAUGUAAGUUUCCGCCGGAAGAAAGUCAGUUAUAAUUCCGUGGAAGCCACUCAGCUGGCUUGCGUUGCUUUCCAUCUAAGAACGACAUUAAAUAUUAGAGAUCAUAUACAGCCGGAACAGUCAAAAACGCGACCUUUAAGAUUCGAUUGUGCUUCCACCGGAAAUAGGUCAGUUACAUAAGACCUGGUUGAGGCACUUGACUUGCGCACGGUUUCUUGAAAAUGCUGCGAAAGUGUGUCUAUUUUUAAAAAAAGCCAAUAUGUCUCUUGAGUCAACUGUCAUCAGCAGCGUCUUCAACAACUAAUUAAAUAAGAUACUUUGUGAAUUAAUUAAAGAACUUAAUCAAAUGUACUUGAAUACGCUUGAACUUUCGGCUUCCCUUAUUUCAACACCCAGCUACUUCUCAGUCGUUUGAAAGCUGCAUUCAAUAAUCAUACUUUCCUUAUCACGAUCCGGUAAACUCAGCAGAAACAGCGAUUAACAGCUUUUUGUGACCUGUUACGAGUUUAUUUUCCACUUGAAUAUCUUGUAUUAAUUGUUGCAGAGGAAUUAUCUUUGCGAAAAUUUAGCGAGAUUCAUGCUUAAUAAAGGGUUAGAGAAUUAUGAGGAAAAAAAUGCUCGAAGACCGUCUGUCAGUCGUCAACGAAAACGUGGGUUUGUGAUUACAUCAGAAGGGAAGAACCUUUCAAUCAACCUUUUUCCUAUUUUUUAGAGGUUAGCGUACACGCCCCAUCCGUUUCGUUGCCAAGAGCCUGUAAUCCUCUAAUUUCCUUCACGAAGUCAAUUGAUACUCACAAUCAUUUAACCUUGUCACAGCUGACUUACAAUCCUAUUUUCUGUAACAAUUUGUGUAGGUUUCGAAGCCAAUAUGAUCAUGAUAAUAAAGUUUCAAACAUUGCGCGUAACUGCUUUGAUACAUGCUCUCUAAAGGCAGUGUCGGUAGUUUUGCCGACACGAAUAGUUGUAAGUACGUGACUUCUCAAGAAACAAAUCGAUUCAAAAAUCUAAUCUACCUAAACAAACAAGAAAAUUAUAGGAUCAAUUCACUGAUCUUAAACGCUAUAGGCGGAAUAUGAAAAACGAAAAGUUCUAUCGUUGAUGUUCAGUUUUAAAAUAGAACUAAAGCGAAAGAUAGCCCAUCUAACGUUUUUCGCAUCCGAUUACAAAAGAACCCAUAAGGAACCAAUUUCCUAGAGUCACAAAGUACUAAAAGGUCACGUUUUGAAUUGAAUUAAGGAAGCAUUGUUUAUCACGAACAAGGUGUCCCUGCUGUCAGUCUAUGUUAUUAUAUGCACUGACUUCGGUUUCGCUGCGGAUCACAAUCAACGAGCUUUCGAAGGUCGAACAAGCGUUGUGUUUUGCAAUUGUCGUACUAAGCAAUGGAGACUUCAGGUUGGAAAAGACUGCGUAAGAUGCCCAUUUUUCAACAAAAUGUCCAUAUCGAGGCAAAUCAUCAAGGACAGUUCAGCAACGUUGAACCAGAGCUUUGCGUGAGUUUACUCCGAGUUCCAUCACUGAAAAACUUCUCUGCCCUUCAUCCAAAACUCGCCAAAUGUUCGGCACAGUGGAUGACGGAAUUUCUGGAACAGGAGGCCUGGAAGUGUUAA